UCAAUCUCAUAUGAAUCUGCCAUUUGUCCACCAUUCCCACCGCACCAUCCAAUCUUAUCUUCUUUAUUCUCCCACAUUUCUCAUACCCAAUUUUCCCUGGUAAAAUGCUUCCAAUAUUUUCAGUUAUUUCCAUCUCAUCGUUUUAAUCACAUCCUCUUGCCACCCAGAUUCCCAUUUUGCUCACAGAUCAAGGAAAAAAGCAAAGUAGCCCAACAAUAAAUAGUUCUUCCUUUUAUUCACACAUCUUCUCACUCAGUAGCUGAACAAAAUGUCAGGUGGAGUUGGUCCAACAGGCUGUGACAUUAGCCUCCCAAAUGAACAUGAAAUUGAUCACAAAGAACAGCAGGACCAUUCACUCAAGAAUCUUCACAAACCUCAAACCACUCCACGCAAAGCUGGUUUCCUCUCUUUCCGCCAACUCAAUUGCUUGGCUUUGGUCAUUGUAUUAUCUGCCAGUGGCAUGGUAAGUCCUGAAGACUUUGCCUUCGUGGUAUUCUCCAUUAUUUAUAUGUACUUUAUAUCAAAGGUGGCUUUCCCAUCUCUUCACCCAUCAAAUGAACCAUCAGUUUUCAACCCACAAAACAAGCUUCUUCGCCUUUAUGUGUUAGUUGGGGCCAUCAUCGGACUAUAUGCUCCCAUAGCUUAUAUCUUACAGGGAAUAUUUGAGGGUGAUAAGCAUGGGAUUAAAGCAGCAGCACCCCAUGUUUUUCUCUUGGCUAGCCAAGUGUUCAUGGAAGGGGUGGCAUUCUCUGGAAGGUUCUCAACUCCAAUAAGAGCUUUUGUGCCUGUCUUUUACAACUCAAGGAGGAUUUUCACUAUUGUUGAUUGGCUUAGGAGUGAGAUCUACAAGGCUGAUGAACAGCACAGUGGAUCUGAUAGGAGAAUCUAUGUUGGGAGAGCACUUGCUGUAGCUAAUAUGGCCUUCUGGUGUUUCAAUUUGUUUGGAUUUCUUUUGCCUGUUUAUCUUCCAAAAGUUUUUAAGUUGUAUUACUCUGGCCACAAAGAGAAGUGAACAAGGACAAGGGGGCAUGUUUUAUGUUUUGAUAGGGUAUUAUGUAUUUUAUUUGUUUAAGGUCUUGAACCUUAAGUUCCUGCUGGUUGGUGUAUGAUAUUUACAUAGUAAAUAUAUUUGGCCGCAGAGAUGUGUACUCUCCUACGUGGC